UGUAACCCACUUAGUGUAUAUUAAAAAAAUUAAAACAAUUAGAAUCGACUUUCUCCAAAAAUUCCUUCUCCCUGCGUCAACAGUGGUUGCCCUCUGGUUUGUGUUGAAUGUAAAAUUCAGUAUUCAGUGGUGUGUUUCUGGAUAUCUCAUACUCCUCACCAUCUGUGAUGAGCAGCAUAAAUAAUUUAUCCGAUGAUGUGAUGGGAGAAAUAUUCAUUCGAUUACCAUUUAGAUCCACAGUGAAGUGCAAGUGUGUGUGCAAACGUUGGUUGGGACUAAUUUCAAGUCCUUCUUUUCCAACAGAAUUUGUGUCUAGCCAGUACUCUCUUUUCAAGGCCUACUUCACCUUCCUUUCCCCCCACCAACUUAUGUUCGGUUUCUUCCCUUCAGAUUUGAACUUUAAUGCGCAAAUCCACAAGCAACAGAUUCACAAGGGGUUGGGGCUACUUUGUGUAUGAUCCCUUUACCAAGGAAUGUAAUCACAUACCUCCUUUUCCUGAUGCGCAUAAGGAAACAUGUUUAUACGCUGUUGGCUUCCUUUCCCAAAUUAACGAUUUUGAAGAAGAAGGAAAUUCUAAUCGCUGCUUUUGGGUGGUGGUUGUGAGAUCCUCUAUGAGAAUGAAAUAUGAGUUUGAAGUGGAGGUUUUUUAUUCGGGGACAAGAACAUGGAGACAAAUAUUGAUGAGUUGUGUGGAUGGUUUUGCUUUUGCUCCUCAUUGGUUUCUCAGUUUUGCAUUUGAAGGGUACCUAUAUUUCAUGGGAAGCAGGAGUAUUCUUGUGUUGGAUCCCAUUUUCAUGAUUUGUACUACCAUUGAUUACCCUGAAAAUGCUGAUGCUAUGAAUAUAAUGAGCUUUGGGUACCUUGGAUGCUCUGGUGGGACUAUGAGGAUUGCUGAUAUUGGCAAUAAUGAUUUGAGAGUGUGGGAACUAUUGAUCCCUGGAACAUGGCAUUUGGUGCACAGGACCAAUCUCAAUCUCAUGGAACAUCUUCCCACCAGGUUCUGCAGUAAUUAUUGUAAGCGCGUAGGGGGGUUUCAUCCCUAUGAUGGGGACAUUGUUUAUUUGCAUUCCUAUGUUGAUGGGAUUUACGCUAUAAACCUGGGGACUAACAAAGUUGUGCCUAUUUCUGGUUAUGACAAAUUUGAUAUUAGUCCCUUUCAAUUGGAGCUCUCUUCAAUUCCAUUGGCAGACAAUGAUGGUAAGUAAUUGAAAGCUCCCACCUCUAAUUUGCUGUUUUGAGCAUGUUAUUGUACUUUCUUGCAGACAGGAGAUAGAUUUAUGUCACUGUUCUAUUAGUAAAGACACACACAUCCGAGUGACACCUCUGCACCACAAACUUAUUAGGAUCCAAACCUAUUUGUUAUUAAAGAGAUUGAAUAUGUUUAAAUAUUUCUGCAAUAGAUAUUACAUUUCAAUCUAAUUGAUUUUGAUUUCAUA